AUGGAGGCCGUUGACGCCGAACGCGCGCGACAGCUGUCGCUCUUCCGACCACUAGGCUACCAACGCAAUUCCUGUGGCUACUGCAAAUCAGACGAUGGAAGCGCAUCAUACUACACCAGCUCCGUAGCCGUGCGCCCCGAGCACUACGGCAUUCUCGUCGAUCGGGGCUGGAGACGGUGCAUCGGGCAAUCUGUACUACAAACAGAAUCUGCGGCGUUCCUGCUGUCCGCACUACACCUGAGAUUGGAGGCCUCGGCUUACCAGUCACGUCGGGAUCAGCGCAAGGCCAUCAAUCGCUGGAACAACUACAUCCUGGGCCCCGAGUACAUUCGCAAGGCUGCUCGGCUCUGCCCACGCACACGAGAGGAAAAGAAGUUCCGCAAGUGCAACUUUGAUGUUUUGUCCGCUGUUCAUGAAUCCCAGUACAGUCACAUCAAACGUCCCAUUGACCCUUCCACCAAGCGGCCCAUCGAACCAGCCCAUCGUUUCGAGGUCAACAUUGAGGCCGACUCUCCCUCACAGGCGAAAUAUGACUUGUUCCUCAAGUAUCAAACGACCGUCCACAAGGAAGACCUCUCCAAGUGGAAGGUGAAGGACUUUACACGUUUUCUGUGCUCUGGCAUUAAACGAUCCCCUGUUGAGGUGAAAAAGUCGAACGAAUCCGAUAAAAAACUUGGCUCGUGGCAUCAAUGCUAUCGACUCGAUGGGAAGCUAAUCGCCGUAGCAGUGCUGGAUCUGCUUCCGAGCGGAGUGAGCUCUGUCUAUGUCUUUUACGAUCCUGAUUAUGAACAGUGGGAAUUUGGAAAACUGAGCGCUUUGCGUGAGAUUGCCUUUGCACAGGAAAAUGGAUAUCCUUACUACUACAUGGGCUACUACAUCCACAACUGCCAGAAGAUGCGCUACAAGGGAACAUUCCGGCCCCAGUACAUCCUUGACCCCGAAUCUAACGGAUGGGAUCCACUUGACGGGGAGCUUUCGAAAAAGCUGGACUCCCGCCCCUACGUCUCCCUGUCACGAGAUCGAUCAUCCAAUGCCGAUGACUCACCUCCUAAGGAGGAAUCCGUCGAUCUCGCUAACGAAGAAGCGCUCUCGCUAUUCGACAUCCACAUGCCAGGCGUCUUGACUUUGGACCAAGUCAAUGCAUUGAACCUCGGAAACUGGAAUCUACUAUACCAUGGAACGUUUGUGCAUUUCAGUGACCUUGUCGGCUGGGAAAAAAUGGCCUACAACAACCCGCAGUCGGUUAAGGGGAUUGUUGGCGAGCUUGCUGCGGCCCUGGGCCCAGAAAUCGUGAAGGACAGUGCGGUUGUACUAUUUGAUUGA